AAGAAGAUCAGUCUCAUUUCCGAAGACAAAGCUAUGAAUUCGAUACCAAGGUGUGGGAAACUUGUAACCUUUCCGCGCACUGUCCUUGAAGAGAUUCAUUAGCAAUGGCGUCGUCAUCGUGGUUACAAUCUUUGCUCAAUCCGAACAAGAACUGGUUCGCCAAGCAACACAUGCAAGCCCUCUCCAAUCGCCUCUGCAAUUACGGGCUCAGGUAUGACGAUCUGUAUGAUCCGAUGUCCGAUCUGGAGAUAAAGGAUGCUCUGAAUCGGCUGCCUCGCGAAAUCGUAGACGCCAGGAACCAGAGGCUCAAACGCGCUAUAGACCUAUCUAUGAAGCACGAGUACCUUGCUGAUUAUGCGUUCCAGCGUUUGAUUAUGCGUUCAAAGAUUAACUAUGAUUAAUAUAAGAUUAGAAUUAUGCAACUGCCACUGACAAUGUGUACCGGUUAUCAAAUUUGCGGAUAUGCUUUUUACUGAUUACAGUUCUUCGAGUGUUCAAUUAGUAAUUGAAUUUAACGAUUAUCCUGUGUUGUAAUUUUCAUCUUAGUACGUGCUUCACACCAUUUUAUUCGGAAUUUUCUUUGAUGUCAAUAGCAAUACAACUUCUGUGCAUCAAUCUUUCAGCUCCUAAUCCGGAUACCAUACUUUAUGACUUAACUCCCUAUCAAGUUCCUAAUUCUGUAAGAUCUCUUAUGAUUCCGAUCAAGAUCUAUAAGACAUAACGUUUAAGAGGUGAUUCCUAUGAUUGUAAUGGUUUAUGAUCGUGCUUGUUUUCUUGCUACUUUAGGCUAGAUAAAAUCUAGCCAUGUCUAUUGAAAAUACCAAAAUGCCUUCACCUUUUCCCUUGACUUCUUAGGAGCUGUUUAAAAGCCUUCAGAAGUUGUCAAAUGCUCGAAAUAGAAACCUUUAGUUGGUAGGGAGCAGGUGCCUUACAAAAUGCAUAUAUUUGAGGUUCACGACCAAACAAUCUAGGAUUUUUUUUUUUUUUUUUUAAACGAGUGAACCACAAUCAAUUUGUGACAUUUCGCUAAUGUUGGUUCAUCUUAUAUGAGAGCCAUAUGUGAUGAUCUGAUCUUGAAGAAACAACCUUGAUUAUCUGUUUUGAUU